UCUUUGAUUUUUUUGUUUUUUGUCGUCAAAAUAUUUCAGGUAUACAAUACAAGUAGUUUGGGAACUUGAAAGAUUUGGAAAGGGAUAUUUGUCACAGUGCUCUUCUUCUCUUCUCUUCUCAUCUCCUCUAACUCUCAAGUCGCCAAUCCGCCGGAAAAUUUCAUUGCCGUUUCUUUUUCCGAUAUGCAAGAUAUUCAUUCGAUUGGCGGUGGAGGAGGGCGGUUGUUUGGCGGCGGCGCCGAUAGGAGGCUCCGGCAGAACCAGCAUCACAACCUGCCGGCGUUGAAGUGCCCCCGAUGCGACUCGCUCAACACCAAAUUUUGCUAUUACAAUAACUACAACCUCUCGCAGCCGCGCCACUUCUGUAAGAGCUGCCGGAGGUACUGGACCAAAGGCGGCGUCCUCCGCAACGUCCCCGUCGGCGGUGGCUGCCGGAAGAGCAAGCGUUCUAAGCCGAAAUCGACCGCUUCUGCUUCUGCUUCUGCUUCUACCCCUGCCGACGGCUCGCAGGAGUGCAAAUCGAAUUCUCAUUCCAGUAGCGAGAGCUCGAGCCUCACCGGCACCGGCACCACCGCCGCCGAAGUCGCGUCGACGAGUACUGCAACGAAUAUGGCGUCGAAUUUAGUAAAUUACCAGGACUCCUCCUCCGCCGCCGCCUUCUUCAUUCCUCCGAGCUCAAGCCCCCGAUUCGAUCAGCCGCUUCUAGAUCAUUCCACCAACGACCAUAUCUUCCAGGAUAUUGGAAGCUUCACGAACAUGAUCACUCCCUCCAACGAACCAUCCCUAUUAGGGUUCGCCGACAUUUCCCCGACGUUCCAGAUACAACAGAGCCAGCCAGGGCAGGUGGUCGGCGACCACAACGCCGACGCUCACUGGCCGCAACCGGAAAAGAUAGCCGACCAGAAUUUCAAUACGCCAGGGUUUUUAGAUCAGACGUCUCAGAUUGAUUUCCCCAGCUUGAACCAGCAACAGAGCAGGGAAACCAACGCCGGCCUUUCUCCACUGGAUUGGCAACCCGCCGGUGGCGGAGAUCAAGAACUGUUUGAUCUCCCCGGAGCCGUCGAUCAAGAAUACUGGAAUCAAACACAGUGGGGGUGAAAAUUGAAAAUUCACCAUCCUCCCUGAAUUUUACCUCCCUUAAUCUCCUGGAAUUUUUAACUCUCCAAAAAUUCAGAUCCAAAUUUUAAAAAAUAAAAAAAAAAAGGGAUGAGGAAUAUUGUAUGGAUUGCUGCUCUAAUAUGUAAAUUCAGUUUUAUAAUUUUCAUUUUUUUAUUAAUGAGUUGAGAUUUGGUUGGGAUUAUUAUGUAAUUUCUUUCUAUAUAUUCUCAAUUAUAUAUAUGCAACUGACCUUCA